UAAUUUUCUUCCUUACUAUGCUCAAUCACAAACAAAACAAUCAAAUUGUAUAUGUUUGAGUAAAAAUGAUGUGGCAGAAUUAUAUGCCCUAUGUUGUUACUUGUUUUUUUGUAUAUGAUUUAUAAAAUAUUAAUUAUAUUAAGUAAAGUAUAUAUUCAGUAAUAAAGGUUAUUUUUCUGCAGUAUAUAUAUCAAAUAAACUAAUAUAUAUAACAUGGAUUCCAAAAAGGAUACAUACUCAGACAAUGUUAUUGAUAGUAAAGUCAAUGUUCUUUCAAGUGAAUUAAGAACAGCUACAUUGGAUAAAUGUAAAAAGUUUGAAAACAUACGAGGCAAGACUUGUGAGCAUCCAUUUUGGGAUGUCGUUGUAUUAAGUGCUUUGGAUGACGCUCAAAAAAAAGCUUAUGAAACACAACUUGCAGAUAAACAAUCGAGGAAGGAGUUACCACUCUCUCCUGCCUACCAUGUGGUUCAUGACCCUGUUGGUGUUAAGGUUGGAAAUGGUGGAGGUGUCAUUGCUGUCUUAGAUGAGUUAGAAAAAAUUUACAAUAAAAAAUUGAAAACUCUUAAAGUUCUUAUACUGCUAUCAGGAGGGUAUAGCCAAAGACUACCAUCAGCAAGUUUGUUGGGAAAAAUAUUUACAGCACUUCCAAUGGGAGAUCCAAUUUAUCAAAUGCUGGAAUUCAAAUUAGCAAUGUAUAUCGACUUUCCAACAAGAAUGAAACCAGGUGUGUUUGUCAGCAGUGCAGACUGCAUCGAACUUUAUGAACUGCAAGGAGAUGGCUGGAAUUUUAAUAGCCCUGGGUUCACAUCUUUGGCUCAUCCUUCUCCUAUUGAAAUUGGGACUACGCAUGGUGUACAUGUGUUAGAGAAUCUGGAAGAGUAUGCAAAAAAUUUCAAAAAAGAUUCUGCAUCAGUUGGAAAUUGUCGAAGAUUUAUCCAUAAACCGUCAAAAGAAUUCAUGAGAGCUUCUGGAGCUGUAUUUCUAACUGAUAGUGAAGAAUAUGUAUUUUCAGACAGCGCAUACUUUAUGGACAUGGAUGCUGCCCACCUCCUGUUGGAAUGGUAUCGUAAAAGAAAUGGACUAAAUUGUGAAAUAGAUGCAUACGGUGAUUUUUUGCAGGCGUUGGGGCCAGAGGCAACAAAAGAGUACUGUAAGAAUGUCCAAAACGUGACACAAGUUUUACCAGAAUUGAUAAAAACAAGAGAAGAGAUAUUUGACAUUUUGCAGAACACGGAACACCAUGUUUUAAUGUUAAACAAAUCUAAAUUUUAUCAUAUUGGAACGACAAAGGAAUACAUCGAAAACUUUUGCAUGGAUAAAUGUUUUAGAAAUGAAAUGGGUUGUUCGAACCAUGCAAUGGUAAAAUGUCCGAAAUCGUUGGAGUCAUUAAAGCCUAAUAAUGUUAUAUUUCAUUCAAGUUUAAAAAAUCUUGUUGGUCUAACCGAAAAUGUAGUAAUUGAAUACACCAGUCUGAAUUUUGCAAACGAUAUCGGUAUGGAGUCCAUCAUUAGUAAUAAUAUUUUCCCAUCUGGUGUCCGGGUACCUGCCAAGUCAUUUCUACAUACAGUGGUCAUUCGUGACGAGGAUUACCCUCUAUAUGUUACUGUCGCAUUUGGCGUGGAGGACAAUUUGAAAAAGUGCUGCAACAGCCGAAGUGAUACGAAAAGUUUGAAGUACGCUGGACUGCCAUUUAAUGAAGCUUUGGACAAAUUGAAUUUGUUGCAAGAUCCGUGGUCAGAAGACUGUGUUCUGUUAAAUUUGUGGCACGCCAAAUUGUUCCCAGCAUUCUAUGAUCCGGAGGACGCUGUUCAGAACGGCGCGAAAAUGCUUGAAGCGUGUAGAACGAGCAAGCGAUAUAAGAUUACAUCGAAGAAAGCGGUUUAUAGUUGCAAUUAUUCUAUGGCUGACGUUCUGAGGUUGAAAGAUUUGGAAAAAAUAUUGGAAAUGAGAAGUAAACUGCGAAAGGAAAUCGAAUCUUGAAUUUAGGAAAAAUUUUACAAUUUAGGAAAUAUUUUUUAUAGCUAAUACAGCGUUAAUAGGCGCGUAAAGGUGAAAUAAUCUGCUUCCAUUCAGUCCUUAUUCAGUGUCCCACUUAACGUGGUCGUUCAAAAAUGGUUGUUUUAAAUCUUUAUACGCAUAUUCGAGUAUUAACAAACUAAAACUUAUGAAAAUCUAAUAACACUACGAUAACGUGAGAGUCAAUCUUUUGUUUCACUGUCUUUUUAGGUCUAACUCUUCAAGCGUUCCUCAUUGUAGAAAGUUUUUGGAUUGUUUCAGGAACUCUUUUUUAAACUUACCUUAGUUCUACUGAAGAUUUUGCUGAAAGUUUUACUGAGCUUUGGCGUUAGUGUGCUGCUGAGGUGAUGCUAAGCUACAGCCAUUACAUAUAUCGCUUGAAAUUCAAAUCUUGUACAUCGUUGAAUAAUGAAGUUACACAAGAAAUAGGUGUUAAUUUCGUAAAGAAAGUUACUUUCUGCAAUUCUCUUAUAUAGAAAGCAUGUGUCGAGAUUCCACACCUAAAACUGGACAAAGGAAUUGAGUAAAAAGGAAUUUUUGAUUGCAGCCUGGUAUUACUUGCAAUAUAUAUAUGUUAAGUUCUUUGAGGUUUUUUCUGAUGAUUUAUAAUUGUUUCUGCGUGUGUUUCUGUCUGAAUUUUUGUGCGUAUACACUUAUUUAUUUUACAUAUGCAACCACUUUGUAAUCAACUGCAUUUCCAAGAUUCUGAAGCAACUUAAGCGUCAGUAAUACUGGAUAUAAGUCACAACUUAUGAUUGAACCCGUUUAUAAUCGUUUACACGCCUUUUUAAACAAUUUUCUUUUCCUGUUUUUAAUCAACACUUGUUUUAUGAAGGAGUUUCUUUGUUUUUUGACGUCGACUGAAGCAAUUUUAAGUGAAUUUAUGUAAAUGUUCGCAAGAUUUUUGAUAAUCUUUGAUAUUGUUCGAUUUCCUUCGGUAUUGUUCGAUUUCCUUCGGUAUUGUUCGAUUUUCUUAGAUAUUGUUCGAUUUUCUUAGAUAUUGUUCGAUUUUUUUCUAAGUAACCGUUACUUUUCAUUCCAUUGUGAGGCAUUCGAUAACAACUAAAGUACCUGGUGAAAAGUCGUGUUGCUUAUGUAAAAAAAUAUGUGUAUUUUUAGUUCGAUUUUUUGUUGUUCUGUUGCUAUACUUUUAUUUUUAUAUUAUAUUAUGUUUAAAAAAACUUACUGGUGAUACACCGCCAAUAUUCCUGACAAAACUGACCGCGCCAAAAGUAGCAGAACGGUGCAGUCUAUUUCAAUCUUUGAAAACAAAUAAUAGUGAAAGGCACAACAUAACUUUAGGCAUUUUUUUGACCAUUUCCAUUUACUUUUACCCGUGCUUACGUAUGGUGUUAUCGCUUUUUCUUGGUUAAACUAUGCCGUUGGUAAAUUUACGCCUCUAGGUGCAGGCGUAAGAAUGGAGUGUAAAUUAUUUGGGCAUUAAUCAUGCAUUUUGGUAAUUUUUAAUACUAGUCGUUAGCCUGUAGAAAUAUUCACGGGUUCGCCCGUCUUUUUUAUACCACAUCAAAAUGCAUCCAUUUUGUGUGACAGACAGACAGCCAGACGUAUACAGGUAUUAUAAUAUAGACUAGUCAUUAGCCGUGGAAAAAUCCACGGGUUCGCCCGUCCUUUAUAUUUACCCGUCGCAGCAAUAUUCGUGUUUCCGUAACAUCAUUUUCUAACGCGCAGAGACAGACAGACGACGGCUAUUGUUAUAGAGAUACCGCGGCUUAACUUGAAUGAGUGCCCCUUCCUUGAAAAUAAAAUUAUAUCUGCAUCUCCCCUAUUCCUAAGAACUCUCAUUGAAGAAACAAAAUGGGCUCAGAAGGAACAUACUAUGCGCUCAUCAUUCGAGUAACAGCGGUUAUAUUUAUCAAAGUUUGUUUAGAAUUGCAUUCGAAUUUAUAUAACGUUUAUAUAGCUACCAUGUUAACGUUGUUAAAGAAAAUAAAUUAGCACUAGUUAUUUUU